GUGUGGGCGUGGCUCCCGGCGUGAGCAGCUCGGGUCGUCUGCUGACAACAACAUGCGUCGUAGGCGGACAGAGGGGGGACUCGCGACUGUCGCCAGCCAAGUGACGGCGGAGACGGUUAACCAGCCAUAACGACAGGGUCAACUUAGAAACUACAGUUGUCUGAACACAAGUUUUAAGGUUUUCUGACAGUUAAAAUAAAAUCGUCCAGCGACGUCACGCUGUAUCUCACUGAGGGUGUCCGGUUUCUCAGUUUGAGGGAUUGCAAUGCCCUCUGACUUUAUCUCCCUUUUCAGCGGGGACCUCGACCUGAAUUCUCCCACAUCCUUGUACUCAAAAGUGAUCCAGUAGAUUCACUUUUUCCGAGUAUACUGGUCGACAAUCACCGGCUUAAGCAGCCUUCGCUGUUUGGACAGUAAGACCAGCACAAGGUGUUUAAGGCUAGAAAGAUGCUCAAGAAUCAGCGUAUGACCUUCUUCCUAGAGAGCUACAGUUGCCUUCCUCCACUCAGCAGAACCCAAAGGUCAUGAGUCAAAAGAGCGGCGGAGAGGCAGGGCCUCCGCCUUCAGCUGCUCUAGCAUCAGAUGCCAUGUCCUCUUCUAUGACCUUGGAAGGCCCCCGCAGUGCUUUUUCCACCUCUUCCAGUUCCGCCAUGCAUUCCAGUACUUCAGCCAGUGACCAGAACCCAGUUCACAGCAACAAUGUUGACCCAGAGGACACCAGGAGUAGCAGAGUGGUACCAGAGGUUGUCGGAGCAGAAGGUGGGAAUGGUAACGGCAGCAGUGGUGGUAACGGCAGGGGUAGCAGUGAGCUAGGAGGAGGAAGGGGUGCAACAUCCCAGGAGGCCCAGCCACAUCACCAGAUGACCCCAUCUAAGCGCCGCACCGUACUGAACAUCUCUCCACCCCCACAAGACCUGCUUGAUGACAGCCGUAUGUCCUGCCAGGAUGAAGCAUCCCUGGACUCCGAGCAGAGUAGCAUCUGGAUGGAUGACUCUCUCUCCAACUUCAGUAUCAUGAGCACUGUCUCUUACAAUGACAAUACAGAGGUGCCACGGAAGUCCCGCAAACGUACCCCUCGCCAGAGGCCUGGUCCUAAGUCUGUGCCUGCAGGGGAAGCCAGUAUGGACGUGUUUGAUGCAGACAGUGCCAAAGGUCCACACUUUGUCCUGUCACAGCUUGGCCCUGACAACAAGACUGGACCAAAAGGAAGCUCUGAUGAUCCUCAGACAACUAAACAGAAAGGAGGAACUCUUUUGAUGCAAUACCCACAGAAGAGUGAGGGGAAGGAGCUGAAGAUCCUCGUCCAGCCUGAGACUCAGCACCGAGCCCGCUAUCUGACCGAAGGCAGCAGAGGGUCAGUGAAGGACCGCACUCAGCAGGGCUUCCCUACUGUAAAGCUGGAGGGACUGAAUGAGCCAGUGGUUUUGCAGGUGUUUGUGGGCAACGAUACUGGCCGUGUGAAGCCUCAUGGAUUUUACCAAGCUUGCAGGGUGACCGGCCGCAACACCACAGCCUGCAAAGAGGUGGACAUUGAUGGCACAACCGUCAUCGAGGUGUCCCUUGAUCCAAGCACCAGCAUGGCACUAGCGGUAGACUGUGUUGGGAUCUUGAAGCUCCGCAAUGCCGACGUCGAGGCUCGCAUCGGUGUGGCGGGGUCGAAGAAGAAGAGCACACGCGCUCGGCUGGUGUUUCGGGUCAACAUCCCUCGUCCAGAUGGUUCGGUGCUCACAUUACAGACCCCCUCAUCUCCAAUCCUGUGCACUCAGCCUGCAGGAGUGCCUGAAAUCCUGAAGAAGUCACUACACAGUUGUUCAGUGAGGGGAGGAGAAGAGGUCUUUAUCAUUGGCAAAAACUUUCUUAAAGACACCAAAGUCAUAUUUCACGAGAAUGUUUCUGUAAACAUGCUGCAUCUUCUGUCUGUUCCAGAUGAGAAAUCGUGGAAGGCAGAGGCUGAAAUUGACAUGGAGCUGUUUCACCAGAAUCACUUGAUAGUGAAGGUUCCUCCAUACCAGAACCAAGCCAUCACCUCUUCAGUGUGUGUGGGAAUCUAUGUGGUGACGAAUGCUGGGAGAUCCCAUGAUGUUCAGCCUUUUACCUACACUCCAGAUUCAGCAAAAAAUGAUGUUCCUGUGAAGAAAGAGACUCCCUCUCCUGUGAAGACUUGUUCAUUUGAUGAACAAAUUAAAGUUCUUGAUGGUUCGUUGAUGCCUUCGAUGUUGCCUUUAGUGAAGAGAGAAGAUGUCACCCCGAUGGAGGUCACCAGCAACCUCCAGUCUUCUGGUGUAUAUAAGCAGACUGGUCCAGCCCAGCAGAACACAGACAUGACUGCAGGCCAUCUAAAUAAAAACAGACCAUUCCCUAACAACCUGUCUCAGCCUGCAGGCGACCCUGACAAAGGCCAGGCUCCUGUUUUUGCCAGCGCAGAGCCCUUAAGCACUAUCCAGAAGCAAGACAUUGCAGCCACCAGCUCCUUCUCUGUGCCUGCCGACUCCCUGCUCCAGCAAGGCUCACAGCAGUUCCUUCUGGAGCCCAGAGAGGGCCUCGGGCAAGAGAGGCCUGGCAGCGGCUCUGGAGCUGUGGGAAGACUGUGCGGAGAACCUGCACCUCAACAGCAGCAACUGCCACUGUUCCCCCCAGACGAAGUGGCCCAACUGGAGGAGGCAGUGAGGCAACUUAAAGCCAAAGGGUUCUGUAACUUACCACUUCAAUCUGACAACUCAAUGACCAAACAGCAGCAACAACACAUCCAGCACCAACAACAGAUCCAGAAACAGCAAAUUCAGCAGCAACAGCAGCAACAGCAACAAAUUCAACAACAGCAGCUCCAACAGCAGCAACAGCAGCAGGUUUUGGAGAAUUUACAGCAACAGCUGUUUCAGUCACAGAUUCAGAUGCAGUGUGGCAUGUUUCAGGAUGCCUCUCAGGGCAAGAACACAGAACAGCAGGGCUCAUCACAAGGAGUGGUGCCAAACCAGGGGACUCUUUUCCAACAGGCCCAGCAGCAGCAACAACAACAACAGCAGCAGCAGCAACAAGCAGCUCUCUUUCAGCAGGCGAGUGACCUGCUCUCUAUUCAGACCAACUUCCUCCAGCAGACACCCCCACACCCUUCACCACCCAUGUUCCACAAUCCCAGUUCUUUGGCUGAAACACAAGAUCCACAAGGGGGCUUGUUUCAGAAAGCCUCUCAGGAGCAGGUCCAGGCUGCUCUCUUCCAAAACACAAUGACAGUACUACAGUCUCCAGACCAACAGCCCUCAACCCCCGGGCUGUUCCUCCCUCAGACGUCCCUGCCCUCUCAGCUUACAACCAGUAGUGCUCAACAACAGCAACAGCAGCAACAGCAGCUGGCCUUCCUCAGUGCUCUACAGACCCCUGCCCCUGAACCACAAUCAGUAUUUCAGGCUCAGACCCAGCUCUCCCCCAUCCAGCAGAGAAGCCCUAUGGAGCAGCAGCAGCCCUCCCAGCCUCAGUCCCACACACAGCCAGCCCAGCAGGCUUCCCUGUUUCAGAACAUUUCCCCACAUCCAUCUACAAACACACUCUCUCCAGGCCAGCAGCAGCAACAGCAGGCUGGCCUACUGUUCUGCAACAACCCCCUCUCCCCUCCAGACCAGGCCUCCAGCCUCAUGUUCAGCAGCCAGGGCCAGAUGCCACCGCUGACCAGCAGCAGUCUAGUUUCCCAAGAGCCCCAAAACCCCUCUCUGCUCUUUUCCCAAGCCAGCAUGGUGUCAGUGAACCAGCAGGAUCGCUCUGAGCCCAUGGCCUUAGGGAACCCCACCGAUCCACGACAGCAAGUCAUGUUUCAGGAGCAACAGCCGAUGCAGCUGGGCAGCAGCUCAAACAACCGGCAGGAGCAGCCUGUGGGCCUCUUUAUGCCUCAGUCUAACAUGGCCUCCCUGCAGGGGGGACUGGCUGCUCAGGAGCUCGCACAGUCAGCCAUGUUUGCCUCACAGAACGGCGUGGCAAACCUCCAGACGACCACCUCCUCCCCUGUUCAACAGCCAGGGACUCUGUUUCAGACCGCUGUCAGUGGGAGCAUCAAUCAGCCCAGCCAGCCGCAACAACCUGGCCUCUUCCUUUUUGGGAUUCAGAACGAAUGCGGCCAGCUGAUGAACACUCCUGGAAACACACUGUCGGAUCAGAUUAUAGCCAUCAGCCAGUCUGGUCAGAACCAAAGAGAGAGUGACGCGCACAUCCAGUCCCUGCUCAGCCAGUCCCUGUCUCAGUCUGGGUCUGUGCAGAACAGCAUGAGUGCCUCUCAGAACAUGGAGAAGAUUGACGACCUGCUGGUUAGCCUGCAGGAGUCGGGCAGCAACUUAACUCGUUCAUACUAACCUUCAUACAGGUUCACGGAUUUGUCUUUUGAUUUUUUAGUGAUAAUAUCUGGAAUAAUUGUAAAAUGUAGGCAAAAUAGUCAAAAUACUGUCUGUUGAUAAGUACACGCAGUAGAAUUUUUGUGAAUGCAUCAUGAAGUUUGAGACAAACUGAACAUUAUGUACUUAUUUCUGAUCACCAAGUAUGUUUCUGCCCUACCAAGACAUUAUUUGGUUUUCUUUAAGAUUUAUUAGGAAAGAGUAGUGAAGGCGAACUAAACAUUGUGAAGAGCUGCUGGCCUUGCUGAGCCUGAGUCUCUUCCACCUAAAAGGUCCUUGUGAUUGUUCUCCAGAGUGGCAUGAAAUUAUUAUUAAGGACAAAUGGGACAAAUUAAUAUCCAGACAGUGAACUAGGAAUUUGGUAUGGAAUUUAGUGGGCUGGCCAAGAAAAGUGAAUGUCUCUUAUUGAUUUCAUGACUGACUGACUGACUCCACAUUGUUAAAACAUGCAUGUGCAAGAUGACAUGGACUCCAGGCGAGAACAGACAGAUUGUCAUCACUGUUCUGUGACAGAAUCAGCAUUUGGCCCUUUCCUUCAACUUUUCCUCCAAAAGUGCAGUAACUUAAUGUUUUGAAGUUUUGUGUAUAUCUAUAGAUAGAUUGUCAGUGAUGUUAUUUGCAACAUCUGUCAGUUCUCGUGGUGUUUUCUAAAGUGUUCUCCAAAGUGUUUAGUGGUUUCCAUGAAUGGUGUUCCCUUUAAUACUUCUUUUGUAUUUUUUGUUGCGUUGAGGGCGGAGUGUGUGGUACAGCAGGAACGGUUGGACAGACUGUGGCAUGUAUGGUUGAAUACAUCCGACGUCGAAGGUAGCCACUGUUGACAUGGUUUGAAAUUAUUUUCACCCAACGGUGCAGAAAGUGUAUUGAAAGAAGGUUAGAGAAAUGAGAGGUAGAACAGCAGAAAUGAAUAGAAACGUUUUCUACACUCAUUUGAUGUGUAGUCACAAACAAGUAUCUAUCAUAUAUGUGGGUGCUUAUUAUUUCAAUGUUUUAGCAGUUAGUUUGCACCAGAUAAUAUAAAUAAAUUCACUCUAGCUGUCUCUGAUAGCCCUCAAAGUGGCUUUCAUUAAUGAUAUGAUAUAGAAAUAAACUGCUCAGAAGAUGUAUAACUAAAGGCAUUUUUUGCUAUCUACAAAAGACCUGGCUAAAUUAGGUCUAGUCUUGUGUUUGGUACCUGUUUGGUACAGUAAUAUCAGUAAAAGAAUAUUUGUAGUUCAGCCAACAGCUGUGCAUUGAAGAUGGUCACCUCCAGCUGUGAAACAUAUCUUCCAAUAUUAGAUACUUUGCCAUCUUCACCACAGUGUACAGAUAGCACUUUGCGAUAUAGGUAAGCAAACAUGUUCAGGCUAACAUUUAGUCUGUAUUCAUCAAAACCAAACUGUGUCAGUUUGCUACUUUGUAGAACAGAUUCUCCUUUUAAUACAUUACAAAGAGGCAAAUCUUUUAAGAAAGUUUGGUGGUAGAAAUAUAACAAAUAUUGGCUGAGACUUUUUUUUACAUGUAUAUUCAGCACUUUACGAUGCUGUUCUUUGUGACCACUUAACUCAUCGAGGGUACAGUACAGUCCCACAAGAGGUGGUGGUGGGGUGGGGGUGGGGGGUUCCAGCCGCCUCUUUCUCAUUGUUUACAGUAAAGAAGAUACAUUUUUAACAUGCACAUGGAUCGGAAAUUAUUGUCAUUACUGUCCUGUGUUUCCAUGGCAACAUUUGAGAAGUGGAGCAGACUCGAAAAUAUAUCUCCAGUGGAAUUCCUUUUAAGCCAGUAUCAUUAAAUUUAUCAUGCAUUAAGUUACUAUAUACUUUUUUUUUUCCUAUUGGUUAAAAAUGUCGUUUAAUGGUCUGGAUUUUGUAACAUAACAGUGCAUCUCAUUGCCCGCCAUGUUACAACUAUCAUUAUUCAUUCCCACAACCUAAUAUAUUAUUUAUUCCUUAAAACAAGCUUACAAAUCUGGACAAAUGAGGAAAAAUGUGGAUCACGACAUUUUUAUUCAAAUAAUGUAAUUUCAGUUGGCAUAUAACUCUUAUUUAAAUGCAUCUACAGUAGAGAGAGUAGAAUGUAAUAUAGUAUAUUAUUAUUGUUGUUGUCAUAAGGGUUAGAUCAUUAUGUGUUUUAUGUCAUUUUGAUGUCAUCAUUCUGCGUCAGGCACGCAUGAACUGGAAUAGUAUUCUUAAACCAGCUAGAAAAGAGCCUUUUUUACCAGUUUUAUUAAUGUGAUGGAUUUAGUGAAUGUUGAGGAGAAGCAAUAGCUUGUUGGCUAUAGCUGUACAUUAUACAUCUCAUUAAGGUUAACGUAUUAACCUGUAGGAACAGAGUCCAUUUUACAUGUUUUCUUCUAAAUGCAAACUGUACAAGUUCUAAAGGCUCAUUGUCUUCGUCUGCAGUUGGCCAGUGGCCUCAGUACCAAAGUUUGACUCGAAUCUGGCUUUGCAUAAAUCCUGAUGACAGGCCAGUUUUAUGGCUCGUGGGCUUUUCUUUUUUCUGACUUGCAAGUUAACUUUAAGACAAUAUUUUUGCCUUCUAAACAUACAGAUUUCAUUAUUAGUCACGAUGUCCUGCUGCCACACUUUUCUUUCUUAUUGUUUUGUUGAUUUUGGCAAACAAAAAAAAAAAAAAUCAAGUUUGUGUCAUGUUUAGUUUCACUGUAAGUGUAUGCAUGAACAAGGGGCUGGUCUCUGAUGGUGACAGAAUUAGCUCAGUUUUAUGCCUCAGUUGUUGUCUUGUUUUCUCUGUACAGUUUAUUAGAAACACAUAAACACCGUUACAUUUUAUACACUUUAAAAUCAGAAACAGCUGUAUGUUUUUUUGAUGGAGAUUAUGUAAACUUGACUAAUGUGAUUUGUGGAACUACGGUGCGUCAGUUUGAGCAGUCUGAGUGGUUUUUAAAGGGACCCUACUCCUGAAGGAAACCUGACUUUGGAGAAAAGAGCUAUCUGUGAUUGGCUUUCUUCAACUCGUGAAAUAGAAGAACUAAGAUUUCCAGUUUUGAGUAUUUAUGAUUUAAUUUGUUUUUGUUUGUUUUACAAAGUUUAGAAAGACUUUCAGAGAAGCAUAUCUAAUUUAUUUGUGUGUUGGUUAUUAUCCAAAUCAUUUCCCAUAAUCAUAGUUGUGUUCAGAUAUUUUCUAACUGUACUGUUGACAGCAAUGUGAUUUGGCCCCCACACCUGCUGAUACUGUAAUUGGCACCUUGUGAUGAUGAUAAAUGAGAUAGUAAAGUGCUUUGUACACUGGAUCACGACAUUUUUAUUCAAAUAAUGUAAUUUCAGUUGGCAUAUAACUCUUAUUUAAAUGCAUCUACAGUAGAGAGAGUUUGUAAUAUACACAUUAAUGUACAUGACGUGUUUGUUCAGGGCUUAUAAUUGGACCGGUGGCCCUGUAGUCUUUUUUGACCAAAUAGUUAACAGCAGGGCAAAAUGACACCAAACAGUUUUUACUGUCAAAAAUCCUUCAACAGGACCAACAAAUUUCAGUAUUUUUACUAUGAAUAUAGUACUGAAUGUGAUUAUACAGCAUGGCUGUAAAUGUCUCACUUAGAUGCAGAAUGUUCUUUUAUCCACAUACUGGGGAGGUAAUUACUUUUUUGAAAUUACAGUUUCCUCAUUUGUGUAUUUACAAUGUAACUGGAGAUCAGAAAUAUAUAUAAGUGUGACUCAUUGUACAGUCACUGCUAAUUGUACGGAAAAGAGGGAGAUUGUUGAUAAAAGUUCUCAUAUUUCCUUAAGAUGCUACAGACUCUAACUUUCUCUGUUUCUUACAAUAGAACAAGAUGUGGUUUUCUUUCAACAUCACCUGUUAAUUUAAUACCAACAAAUUAAGUCUGCUAUCACAGCUGUUCAAAUUGUUACAUUUUACCUAAAAUGUGACUUUAGACACUAGUAGAUAUUGUACAUGUUCCUUGAGGAGAUGUUUUAGUAGCGACCAGAUAGAUGUUUUACCAGUUUUGCCUGUUUAAUACUCUGCUGGUUCUGCCAGUGAUGAUUAGUCCUCAUUAAUUAGAAUGUUUUAAGCCAUAAGACUUUAAAUGUACUUUAAAUGCUCGACAACAGUGACCAGAUAAAUGCGGUUGUGGUUGAUAAAUGUGUUGUGCAAUUUCUGUCAUGCAUCUAACGUACUGAAGUAUCCAUUGCAUUUAUGUUAUACAACGUAGAUGCAGGCAAAUUUUCUCUGAAACUGCUAUGCAGCUAAUAUACUGUAAAUGUAGAUCUGUUAGUUUUUGAAUAUAUAUUUUUCUAAAUAGCCUCUCCAAAGUAGAAAACCAAAGUAGAUGUUCUUUCUAUUAUUUAUGUUGCUUGUUGAAAUGUUUUCUGAUGCUUUGAGCGCUGCCUGAAACCGAUUUAUAAAUCUUUUAGUCAGUUAAAAUGCAAUUUCCUCUUCUCAACAACCAUCUCAGACAUGGGAUUGUUUUUGGGUGAAACAAGGGUCACUAAUUGUUUGUCAUUCUUCUUUAUUCCCUUCUUGCUUGCAGGGUUUAUGUGGAGGUUUGUGUUGCAUCCAGGUUUACUGUUUACUGGUGCAGUGGUUCCUAAUCUUUCUGAUUUCUCUCAGGGCCUCUGAGUUACCAGGAUGCCAUGUCGUUCUCACACGUCUUCUUAUUCACACCAGUAAACAUCAAUGCACAAUAGAUAUGUUUUGUCCUGGAAUUUAGGAAUAAUGAUAAAUGACAAAUUCUGUAAUUUGUUCCUUAUUUGAUCUGAGUCUGAUAUUAUUAUUCUCUGCACUUCUGUAACAUCUUUAAAGUCUCUUCACUCCGAACACAAGUGAACCACUCUUCUAGUAAACAGCCUAUUUUUGGUCCUGGAAAUAGCAAGGGGUAAAUUUCGCCUUUUUGUUUCUAACCAUGUGAACAACAUGUGUCAAAUAAUCACCCUUGGGGGGCCUCUAUAUAUUUGGCUUUUGUUGGGAUGUUUUUAUUCUCUUGCAAUUAAAUUUCUGUAAACUUGCUGCUAUCUGUAUUAAACAUAUAUACUUUAAAUAUUA